AUGGGUAUCGGGGAUAUUGCCGUUGGAAUUACGAUAUGGCGGGUCGUUCUCGUUGUUGAGUAUCUGCACGCUACGGAUGCCACUUGGUGGAUUGCCUUGCUUAUUUCCACAGCGAACGAAAGUAUCCUAGGUCACACUACAGCUCAGGCCACAGCACACACAAGCACGCGACUAACUGUAAAGUAA